CAGCUGCCAGAUGGUGCUAAGCCCCUUGCCUUCAUCUUGUAUGCAGACAAGACAAAACUUUCAAGUUUCAGUACUGCAAAAGGCUACCCUGUCAUUGUGCGAUUAGCAAAUUUACCCACUGACAUUCGCAACAGUCAGGGAAUGGGUGGAGGUUAUGUUGUUGGGUGGCUUCCUGUGGUGAAGGAAGACAAGCAACACUCCAGCAAGUCAGCAUGGGCUAAUUUCAAGGCCACAGUAUGGCACAAGUCAUUUGGAAGGAUACUCUCUUUGCUAGCAGAAAGAUUGAGAACAGGACAAUGGUUGGAGUGCUUAGAUGCUGUUCAGUGCUGGUUUUUUCCAUUGAUACUCAUUUUAUCAUCUGAUUUUGAGGAACAGUCAAUGAUGUCACUUACUUGUGGUGUCAGGUCCCUGUGGCCAUGCCCAGUUUGUCUCAUUCCACACAACAAACUUUCAGAUACAUCAUGUCACUAUCCACUUCACAUGUCUCAUGACUCACAGGCCAUCCUAGCAAGUGCACAAGAGAAGGAGACCACUCUCUACUGGACCUGCUGCAUUGUUUGA